AUGGAGGCAGGAGGACAAAGACGAGGAACGCAGUGUUGGUGGGUUGCUAUCAGCUUUUCUCUGAUGCUCAGCUGUGUGGAGCGGGUAUCAGCUCAGAUAAAAUAUUCAGUUCCAGAGGAAGUAAAGGUAGGAAGUGUUGUUGGGAAUGUGGCAAAGGAUCUGGGACUGGAUAUCAGUUCACUGGAGGAACGACGGUUUCGUAUUGUUUCUGGAGCUGAAGAUGCUCAGUUUGAAGUAAAUCCGAACAAUGGCGCUCUGUAUGUUCAUGGAAAUAUCGACCGAGAGGAGCUGUGCGAAAGAAUACAUCCAUGUAUCAAAAAUUUAAAAUUGGUAGCUGAGAACCCCAUGGAAAUACAUCAUGUGGGCGUGGAAAUCGUGGAUGUAAAUGAUAAUUCACCCAGUUUUCAAGAAUAUGAAAAAAUAUUGGAAAUGUCUGAAUCCACUAUAACAGGCAGACGAUUUCAGUUGCCAACUGCGCAUGAUCCGGAUGUUGUUACUAAUACUGUGCGUAUGUACAAAUUAAACCAUAACGAUCAUUUUAGUUUACAAAUUCGAGAGAGAGGAGAGGACAAGGUACCAUUUUUAGUUUUACAAAAGUCUCUGGAUCGGGAAAAGGAAAGUGAACACAAACUGAUACUAACAGCAGUUGACGGCGGAAAUCCACCGAGAUCAGGGACUCUUAAUGUAACAGUCAUAGUCCUCGAUUCGAAUGAUAACCACCCUACAUUUAGUCAAGAAGUUUAUUACGCUACAAUACGUGAGAAUACAGAUGCGGGUGUGUUUGUAAUUAAGCUAAAUGCGACUGACCUGGAUGAGGGACUAAAUGGACAAAUUGAAUACUUUUUUGGUGGAGAACUUAAGGGGAAUUUAUAUGAGAUUUUUAAUAUGGAUAAGGACACUGGUGAGCUUCGGAUCAAUGGGGAAAUUGACUUUGAGAAAACUGAUAUUUUUAAGUUGGACGUCCACGCCACUGACAAAGGACAACCUCCGAUGAGUGCGGAUUGCACAGUAAUCAUCAAUGUCUUGGACGUAAAUGAUAAUAAACCUGAGAUAGAGGUGACAUCUUUGUCAAAGAUUGUAUCAGAAGACUCCAAACCUGGGACUGUGGUGGCUUUGAUCAGUAUUACAGACCAAGACGCGGGUUUAAACGGUAAAUACCUGGAAGUCACGCAAAUACUCUCGUGCUUCCUGACAGGAGGCGUCCUUCUGAAGAGUUCACUGGAGGAACGACGGUUUCGUAUUGUUUCUGGAGCUGAAGAUGCUCAGUUUGAAGUAAAUCCGAACAAUGGCGUUCUGUAUGUCCACGGAAAUAUCGACCGAGAGGAGCUGUGUGAAAGAAUACAUCCAUGUAUUAAAAACCUAAAACUGGUAGCUGAGAACCCCAUGGAAAUACAUUAUGUAGGAGUGGAAAUCAUGGAUGUAAAUGAUAAUUCACCCAGCUUCACUGAUGAAGAAAAAAUAGUAGAAAUUCCUGAAUCCACUCUUCAAGGAAAACGUUUCCAGUUGCCAGCCGCACGGGACCCAGAUGUUGUUACUAAUACUGUACGCAUGUACAAAUUAAACCAUAACGAUCACUUUAGUUUACAAAUUAGAGAGAUGGGAGAGGACAAGAUACCAUUCUUAGUUUUACAAAAGUCUCUGGAUCGGGAAAAGGAGAGCGAACACAAACUGAUACUGACAGCAGUUGAUGGCGGAAAUCCACCGAGAACAGGGACUCUUAAUGUCACAGUCAUAGUCCUCGAUUCAAAUGAUAACCACCCUACAUUUAACCAAGAAUUAUAUUCAGUUACAAUACCUGAAAAUGUUGAUAGGGAUACUAGUGUAACUAGGGUAAACGCGACUGAUCUGGACGAGGGUGUAAACGGAAAGAUUGAAUACUUUUUUGGUGGCGAACUUAACACUAAAUUAUAUGAUACAUUUAGCCUAGAUAAGGACACUGGUGAAAUUCGAGUCAAAGGAGAAAUUGACUUUGAGAAUAUGGACGUAUACAAGUUGGACGUCCACGCCACUGACAAAGGACAACCUCCGAUGAGCACUAACUGUAGGGUGAUUAUCAAUGUAUUGGACGUAAAUGAUAAUAAACCUGAGAUAGAGGUGACAUCUGUGUCAAAGAUUGUAUCAGAAGAUUCCAAACCUGGGACUGUGGUGGCUUUGAUCAGUAUUACAGACCAAGACGCGGGUUUAAACGGAGACGUCCUUCUGAAGAGGUAA